AUGCCCGGAAAAGUCGGCUGCUGCGAAAUCAUCAUCGCUUUCUUCCUCCCCUUCGUCGGCGUUUUCAUGCGCACCGGGUGCAGCUGCGAUCUCCUCAUCAACAUCUGUCUGUGUAUUCUGGGUUGGGUGCCAGGUGUCAUCCACGCAUACUACAUCCUGGCCAACAAAUAA